UGUCAAUCUCUAAAUAGUGGCAAACGGGGACUAGAAGAAGGACAGUUCGCCGGGGAGAGAUCUGUCCUGCUCGCACUGUAAAGUUCCCUUCACUCCCUCAACUUCAGGGACUCCAUUUUGAAGGGCGGCAAAUCUCCAGUACUAUUUAAGAGCAAAAAUGGAUAUGAGAAAUGGCAGAGAUGAUGACGAGGAUGAAUAUCAAGGUUCUGACAAUGGCUACAGAGGGCGUGGGGGAUUCAGAGGCCGGGGUAGAGGGUUUCGAGGUAGAGGAGGACCAGGAUACUCUCCAAAUUCAGGUGGACCAAUGAGAGGUGGAUUCCGAGGUCGGGGUGGCUUCAGGGGUGGAAGGGGUGGGCCUGAUGGAGGUUAUCGUGGAGGAUUUAGAGGAAACUUCAGAGGAGCACCGCGAGGGAAUUCCUACGGACAACCCCGAGGUGGCUUCCGAGGCCGUGGUGCUGGUGGUCCACGUGGUGGCUAUGGGGGUGGUGGCUAUGGAGACGGCGGUGGCUACAGAGGAGGCUUCCGUGGAGCCCCCAGAGGACGCGGUGGCGGCGGCAAUGGUGGAUAUGAUGGUGGCUUCCAGAAGAGGGGGGCCUCACGUGGUGCCCACGGCGGCCCUCCCAUGAAGCGGCCAAGGAUGGAUGGGGAGAGUGGCUAUAACAGUGGCUAUGGGGGAGGCUACAACUCAAACUAUGGUGGUGGUGGUGGUGGCGGCGGCGGCUACAACAGUCAAAACUACAACAAUGGACCAAGCUACAGCAGUAAUGGCUAUGACUACAAAUCUAGUUCUGGAUAUAACCAAGGCUAUGGAGGAGGAGGUGGCUAUGACAACUAUGAUAGCAGGGGAGGGGGAUACAACACCUCCCAAGGCUACAACAAUGGUACGUACUGAGGCACUUUACCUAGACCCAGCACUGCCAAGUAGUGCGUACAGGAACCAAGUACGUACGGCAAGGUUUUUGGACAUUUGUGGGGAGCAAGUACUAUCUGCUAGUGGUGUCUGGAAAUGGGACUUGUGAUGGUGCUGUGCUGCUACAAAGUCACACAUAGACAGUGGAGUCAGUGGAAUAGCAAAAAAGAGUCAAGUGACAUGAGAAGGGAAGAAAAACAGUUAAUAAGAGGAUGCCCCCCAAAACUAAAUAAGUACAAUGAUACACCAUUGUUGAUAAUGACAGCAAAGUUGGCCAUUACAACAAAGAAUGGUAGGUCAUGGAGAAAUAUAUCACAUAUGCAUUAAUAUAGUGCUAAAAGAGAAACGAAGGGGACAAAGCUGUGGAAAAUAUUGACAUGAAAGUGACAACUGAUGAUGAGAUGGCCUCAUAAAUGUCCAAAGAAGAAUGUCUGUACUAGCUCUGGAUGCCACAUUAAUAAUUUGUUCACAUUUCUGGGCAUAUUAGAAAAAUAAGUUUGUGUGUACUAAGUGGAUUAGUGUUUAACAAAAUACCUGUAUCAUAGACCUUAGGCUGCAGUUCUAGGGUUUUCAUUUCUUUCAACACUGAAAAGUGUCUCAUGAAAUAGAAGUAUUAUUUUUUCAUACUGAAAGCUCUGACAAAGGAUAAUUGAAUUCAACCCUUUUUAUGACAAAAUUCUCAAUACUGAGAAUAUUCUACAAAGUAGGAAGGUCCUGGUCAUGAUAUAAUGUUUGUCCUUUGUAGUAAGUGAAUGCUGCUAGCAGGUAGGCUUGCAGCUAACCAAGUACAAUAAAACAUAAAAUAAA